AUGAACCACAGAGACAGGAACGGGACACACAGAGAAAGAUAUAGGAACCACAGAGACAGGAACUGGAAACACAGAGAAAGAGACAGGAACCACAGAGACAGGAACUGGAAACACAGAGAAAGAGACAGGAACCACGGAAACAGGAACGGGACACACACAGAAAGAGACAUGAACCACAGAGACAGGAACGGGACACACAGAGAAAGAGACAGGAACCACGGAAACAGGAACGGGACACACAGAGAAAGAGACAGGAACCACAGAGACAGGAACUGGAAACACAGAGAAAGAGACAGGAACCACAGAGACAGGAACUGGAAACACAGAGAAAGAGACAUGAACCACAGAGACAGGAACCGGAAACACAGAGAAAGAGACAGGAACCACGGAAACAGGAACUGGAAACACAGAGAAAGAGACAUGAACCACAGAGACAGGAACUGGACACACAGAGAAAGAGACAGGAACCACAGAGGCAGGAACUGGAAACACAGAGAAAGAGACAGGAGACAGGAACUGGACAACACAGAGAAAGGAAACACAGAGAAAGAGACAGGAACCACAGAGACAGGAACUGGAAACACCGAGAAAGAGACAGGAACCACAGAGACAGGAACUGGAAACACAGAGAAAGAGAAGGAACCACAGAGACAGGAACUGGAAACACAGAGAAAGAGACAGGAACCACAGAGACAGGAACUGGAAACACAGAGAAAGAGACAGGAACCACGGAAACAGGAACUGGAAACACAGAGAAAGAGACAGGAACCACAGAGACAGGAACUGGAAACACAGAGAAAGAGACAGGAACCACAGAGAGACAGGAACCGGAAACACAGAGAAAGAGACAUGAACCACAGAGACAGGAACCGGAAACACAGAGAAAGAGACAGGAAACACACAGAGAAAGCGACAGGAAUCACAGAGACAGGAACUGGAAACACAGAGAAAGAGACAGGAACCACAGAGACAGGAACUGGAAACACAGAGAAAGAGACAGGAACCACAGAGGCAGGAACCGGAAACACGGAGAAAGAGACAGGAAUCACAGAGACAGGAACUGAAAACACAGAGAAAGAGACAGGAACCACGGAGACAGGAACUGGACACACAGAGAAAGAGACAGGAACUGAAAGAGACAGGAACCACAGAGACAGGAACUGGAAACACAGAGAAAGAGAUAGAACCACAGAACACAACUGGAAACACAGGAACUGGAGAAAGAGACAGGAAUCACAGAAACAGGAACUGGAAACACAGAGAAAGAGACAGGAACCACAGAGACAGGAACUGGAAACACAGAGAAAGAGACAGGAACCACAGAGACAGGAACUGGAAACACAGAGAAAGAGACAGGAACCACAGAGACAGGAACUGGAAACACAGAGAAAGAGACAUGAACCACAGAGACAGGAACUGGACACACAGAGAAAGAGACAGGAACUACAGAGACAGGAACUGGACACACAGAGAAAGAGACAGGAACCACAGAGACAGGAACUGGAAAAACAGAGAAAGAUAUAG